CAGUCUCCUGAGGUACAACACUCCAGUUAACAGUUCCAGUAAGCUAAACCUCUGUGGAGGAUAUUCUUUCCUUUUGGGCUACUCGCUCAGAACAGUUUGCUUGUCUUUCGCCUUCCCUGACCUGCCUCCUCCUGAGCUGGUCUUUCUUCUUUGUGGGGAUUUGUUUUUCCCGUUUUAGCGCUCAUUCUUAACCACAUCUCCAGAUUUUCCCCAGGAUCAGCUUAGAGAAUAUUUGUUUCAUACCUUUAUCUUCUUCCAUCCAAGGUAAUUCAUUCUCCUCGGCAGUCAUUGCAUUCAGCUGAACAGCCUUAUGUUGGGAGCAGUUUUUGUUCGGUUUCGAAUGAUUGAGCACAAUUAGAAAACAAUUAUCCAGCCAAUGAAGAGACACACUCUCUUCUGUCUGUAAUACAAUUUCAACAGUUGCUGAAGUAAGCUUUAAGUGUGGUUUGAAACUGGCGCUUAUCAGUUGCUUUUAUCUGAUUACAUUUUUUGUAUUUGCUUUACAGAAAUUACUAUAUCAUGGUAAUGGUGGUCAUGACUUUCUUAAACCUGAUCGCAAUCCCAAUAGGAAUUGCUUUUCUAGACGGCAGUCCAAGCUCGCGGGGCUUUGAUGCCUUUAACCUGGCUUCAGACACCAUUUUUAUACUUGAUAUUGGAGUAAACUUCCGGAUGGGUGUUAUCACAGACGAUAGUGAGGUGGUUAUACUAAAUCCGAAGGAAAUCCGUAACCAUUACCUUAAAACAUGGUUUGCCCUGGACUUGAUUUCUGCCUUUCCCAUUGACUAUCUUGCACUCAUCAUAGAGAAAAUAGAACACCAAAGCGACACCACUUCGUAUUCUGCUUCGAAACUGGUGCGGAUCAUCAUGUUUGCCAGAAUUUUCAGUCUGGUUCGACUGCUCCGUGUGUCCCGGCUCAUGAGGUUCUUUAAUGAAUGGGAAAGAGUUUCCAAUGCAAACAUGGAAGCAGUACGUCUGUUCAUCCGGAUUAUAUGUCUGUUUUCCAUGAUCCUGCUUCUGUGCCACUGGAAUGGCUGCAUACAGUUCUUCAUUCCUGUUUUACAGAAUUUUCCUAAAGACUGCUGGGUUGUCAAAGAGAACCUCACGAAUGCUUCUUGGGUAGAGCAGUACUCCUUUGGAGUCUUUCGUGCUCUUUCACACAUGAUCGGGAUAUCGUAUGGUUCAGUUGACCCGCCAACAGGUGAAGGUGAGCUCUGGGUGGUCAUGACAAGCAUGGUUUCAGGAGCUCUGAUGUACACCAUGAUGGUAGCCAAUGUGGCAGCAAUGAUGACAAAUGUUGAUGCACCAUCAAAAGCCUAUAGAAAUAGGUUUAACUACCUAGAAGAUUACAUGACCUAUAGAAAGCUGCCCAGGGAUCUACGAACUCGGAUCUCUAAUUAUUACCAGGCCCGACACCAAGGAAAGUGGUUUGAUGAGUCAGAAAUUCUGAAUCUUGUCUCUAAAUCCUUGAGAGAGGAGAUUCUAAACAUCCUGUGUGCAGAUCUCCUGAACAGUGUACCAAUUUUCAAGAAUCGGGACAUAAAUUUCAUCAAUGCUGUGCUCCUGAGACUGAAGUAUGAAGUAUUCCAGGAAGGGGAUAUUAUCAUACGUCAGAAUGCUCCUGGAGACCGUAUGUUCUUCAUUGGGCAUGGAAAAGUCCUUGUAGAAACACCAACAUUCAAGAAAGAGCUGAUUGAUGGGGAUUAUUUUGGAGAAAUAUGCCUCCUUACCAAGUGCAAAAGGACUGCAACAGUGCGAGCCCUGAGUCUGUGUAAAGUCUUCUCCCUCUCCUCGGAGUGCUUCUGGAGGAUCCUGCAGGGAUUCCCGGAAAUAAAAGAGGAACUGGAGAAGACUGCACGUGAGAGACUCCUGUAUUUAAGAGAAUCCCAGAUUAAACAUGAACAGCAGGUUUUGCUCAAGUGUGUUACCAAAGAUACAGCAGGGGAGACAAGUGUUUAAGAAUGUGAAAUGUUCAUCAGUUUUCAUGAUGUGGAAUAAAAAUUGAUUUCAUUAUUUAAAUAAAAAAUACAGUGAAAAAGAAAUAAACAGCAAUAGUUUUUAACAGCUUACCUUCAAAGUUGUGCAGACAAUCUUUAUAUAACACAUUCAGUUAAAUUACCUUUUAAAAUAAAAGUUUCAUUUGGUA